UUUUAGCAGGACUUCCACUAAUGUCUAAUCUUUUUUUUUUUUCCUUCCCCUUUUCUCCUUUCUUUUACUUCCUGCAGGGUGAGCGAGACUGUCGGGCCCUUCAAUCGGCAUGGCAACACAGGCCUAUGUAGCAGAGCUGCAAGCCAGUCAGCAGCAAACCCAGCAGGGAGGUGGCACAGUGCAGGUUCAAGUCCAGGCCCAGGCGCCACCCGCCCCUACACAGUACGUGGCGGAGCUGCAGAGCGCCCAGGCACCAGCCCAGGCGGCCCCCCAGCCCGUGGCCCAGAAGCAGCCAACGGCCCAGCAGUACGUGACUGAGAUCCAGAGCUCCUCUCCUCAGCCAAAUGCUAGCCAGCCUACCCCGCAAUACAUUGUGGUCACAGUGACAGAAGGUGCCUUGCGGCCCAGCGAGACGGUCUCUGACUCCGGCUCCCCGCCCACGGUGGUCCAGACUGGUGUUCCUACCCAGGUGGUGCAGCAAGUCUCGCAGCAGCGCCUACUGGUUCAAGGAGACGUAUCCGCCAAAGUGUCCGCAGUGACUCCCCUCCAGCUACCAGGGGUUCAGCAAGUCACAGUUCAGCAACAGAGGUCUGUGGUCCAGUCUACAGCUCAGACUCCAAAGACAGCACAGGUCCAGCAGCUGGCCGUCCCGGGGCUACAGCAGGUUCAUGUAUCUCAAGAGGUGCAGCAGCUCCAGCAGGUGCCAGUUCAGCAGGUCUACUCCAGCCAGGUGCAGUAUGUCGAAGGAGCAGAUGCCAGCUACACCACUAGCACUAUCCGUUCCAGCAGCUACCCCUACACAGAGACCUCCCUAUACACUCAGGCGACCCCUGCAUCCUAUUACGAGCCUGCCGGAGCAACCGCUCAAGUCAGCACGCCAGUCACUUCACAGGCCGUGCCCAGCACUGGGGGCACUGUGCCAAUGUAUGUGUCAGGUGGCCAGAUUGUUGCUAACCCCAGUGCUGCGACAGGCACCACGGCGGGCACGGGCCAGGCUACCAACACAGCUGGAGGUAGCUACGUCAUCCAGGGAGGAUACAUGCUGAGCAGUACCAGUCAGAGUUACUCACAUACAACCCGCGCCUCUCCCGCCACAGUCCAAUGGUUGGUGGACAACUAUGAGACAGCAGAGGGAGUGAGCCUGCCACGCAGUACCCUCUACUGUCACUACUUGCUGCACUGCCAGGAACAGAAGCUCGAACCCGUCAAUGCCGCCUCAUUUGGCAAGCUGAUCCGCUCAGUGUUCAUGGGGCUGCGCACCAGGAGGCUUGGCACCAGAGGCAACUCCAAGUACCACUACUAUGGGCUUCGAAUUAAAGCCAGCUCUCCACUGUUAAGGUUGAUGGAGGACCAGCAACACUUAGCUAUGAGACAGCAGCCCUUCUCCCAGAAACAGAGACUUAAACCUGUGCAAAAGGUGGAGGGCAUGACCAAUGGCAUGGCACUGGGCAAUCAGCAGCAGCAGAGUUCUGGUCUUUCAGACAUCAGCGCCCAAGUCCAGCAGUACCAGCAGUUCCUUGAUGCGUCGCGGGCAUUGCCCGAGUUUACUGACAUUGACCUCCAAGGAAAAGCACUGCCAGAUGGGAUUGCCCUGGAUCACAUUAAGGCCUUUCAAGUGCUGUACCGGGAGCACUGCGAGGCCAUCUUGGAUGUCAUGAUAAACCUACAGUUCACCCUGGUGGAGACCCUGUGGAAAACAUUCUGGAGAUUCAAUGACAGCCAAACGAAUGACACCUCCACCCUGUCUGUCCACGAUGAAUCGGAGAAGCGCUUGCCCAAAGCCUGCUUGGUUGUACUCUGUAAAUAUGACCCUGUUCUGAGGUGGACCAAGGAGUGUGACAACAUGCUGUAUCAAGGGCUGGUAGAGAUCCUGAUUCCUGAUGUGCUAAGACCCAUUCCCAGUGCCUUAACGCAAGCUAUACGCAAUUUCGCCAAGAGUCUGGAAAGCUGGUUAACCAAUGCCAUGAUGAACAUCCCUGAGGAGAUGGUCCGGGUCAAGGUAACUUCUGCGAGUGCCUUUGCCCAGACACUCCGCCGCUACACGUCGCUGAAUCACUUGGCUCAGGCGGCGCGUGCUGUUUUGCAGAACACGGCGCAGAUCAAUCAGAUGCUCAGUGACCUGAACCGAGUGGAUUUUGCUAACGUGCAGGAGCAGGCGUCCUGGGUGUGUCGCUGUGAAGAUGGAGUGGUGCAGCGCUUGGAACAGGAUUUUAAACUCACCCUACAGCAGCAGAACUCCCUGGAGCAGUGGGCAGCAUGGCUGGAUGGCGUAGUCUCUCAGGUCCUUAAGCCCUACCAAGGAAGUCCUGCUCUCCCAAAGGCGGCAAAACUCUUCUUACUUAAAUGGUCAUUUUACAGCUCUAUGGUAAUCCGGGAUCUGACCCUGCGCAGCGCAGCCAGCUUUGGCUCCUUCCACCUCAUAAGACUACUGUACGAUGAAUACAUGUAUUAUCUGGUUGAGCACAGAGUAGCACAGGCCAAAGGAGAAACACCCAUAGCUGUCAUGGGGGAGUUUGCAAACCUCGGGCGAAGUCUGAACACACUGGAUCCCGACAAAGAAGAGGAGGAAGAGGAAGAAGAGGAAAGUGACGAAGAGAGCCAGCAGGAGAUCUCUCUGCACUCGAAUGAAUCUACGGGGUUGAGUGUCGAUCAGCUUGAACCUCCAGCCAAGAUGGCCCGUACCGAUGCCAGAGCAAUCUUUGCAGAGGUGCCAACCACUAACUAAUGCCACCCUGAGCUUGACCACUCCCCUUAUGCCACCCCACCCCAUCCCCUAGUCCCACUCCCACUUGCUGCAAGCUCAUCAUACUGUUAUGGAAAGAAUGAAGGAUGUCAAUCAUGGUUGACAGGCCCUGAUGCCCACUACUGGCCUGCCUGGGCACAACUAGGGCUUGCAAUGAAAAUUUCUGACAAGGCUGCUUACUUGUGUGGACUCUACAUUUGAGCUGACACAAUGAUGGUGAAAAUGCCCUCAAACCCACGACCCGAAAUGCCUUUUUGUCAUUAUCUGGACACCAGGUAUGAAUGGCCUCACCAUAGAAAUUUAGAUUUCAAACAAAGGUGGUACCGGCUUGUUGUAACACUUGGUCAGGGUGGCACUGUUACUUUUUUUUAUUCUUUGAGUGGCCUGAUAGAGUGAAAACUCUGCACUGUUGUGCUCUUUCAAGUCCUUUCUAGCUCAGUCAUCUCCUAAAACUCUCUAGUGCUUCACGACAUCACACCUUGACCCCCAACCAACCCCCUGAGCCCAUUAAAUGCCUUCAUGACUGCUGAGGUCUUCCUCCAGAAGUGAGGUCACUGCAGACUACAUUUCAUUUGUCAUGUCAUGAGAGCCCCUUAAAAAGCGUGAACAGGCCUAAUCGUGAUUCUUUUUUUUUUUUUAAAACUUUUCUUGGUAUUACCUAUCACGGAUUAUAUAAUUAAUAUAUUAUUGCAAAGACUUUGGUUUGUGCCAAACUUAUUUAUUUGCCUUAAUUUUACUUGUAAAUAAUUUGCGAGGGGGUUUGGCAUCUGGGGAAUUCAAAGAGGGCAAUGCGUGUCUCCAAAUCUAAAAGAGAAAACCGAGACCGAGGUUAGCAAAGGACUCUGAUCAUGGCUGUCAUGUCCGUUCAACUGGCAUCACUGGAAAUGAUUCAAACCUUCUUUCUAUUGUUUAAGCUCUCGUUUUGCACCCCACUCUACUCCUUGUUACCACAUUGUCGGGCGAAUACCUGUAUGAGCACACACACACACACACACACACACGGGCAGGCAGCAGGACUCUGUGCAGUAACAGGCAAUGCCCUGGUACAGGAAGGGGGGGGGGGGGGGGUUUACUUGUGUCUCCCUGACCAAACUACUUCUUGAAAGGUUAAAAUGGCAUUUCUGCAAAGUGUAUUUUCGCCCUCUGCUGUUGCUGCUAUUCAACUCAGGGCGCACGUCUUGGUGGCUCGGAUUCUGCUUUAGUGAAAAUAGCCGGAGAUGAAUAGUGGCAGGGCAGCUAUCAGAAGCUGCUGCUGCUGUUGUUGUUGAGGCGUAUGUAUCAAUAGCACCUGCUACUAGGGCUGUGGCAUUAUGGGAUUUUGGACAGCACAAGGGGUCAGAGUCUCAUUUUAGCAUCGCCUUUCAUUAGGUUUGAGCCGUUUCCUUUGUGAUCUCCCACAAUUCAAAGAUCUGCAGGCAGGUUAACAGGUAAUUCUGUAUGGUGUUGGUAAUGGGGGCCCUAGAGUCCAUAGGCAUAUUGUUAGCCUGACUGACCCCCACUAGUGUGAGUAGGCGUAGUGGUGUAU